GAUCUUUGUUUUGAGUCCCUGACUGCUCCUCUUCCUCUGGCCACUGCUUCCGAGGCAGGAGCAGGGUUUCCAGAGUCUUCUCUAAAUGAGAGUUCAUUAGCAUCUACCCUGAAGACUCUGCUGUUCUUCACAGCUUUAAUGAUCACUGUACCUAUUGGGUUAUAUUUCACCACUAAAUCUUAUGUUUUUGAAGGUGCCUUUGGGAUGUCCAAUAGGGAUAGCUAUUUUUAUGCUGCUAUUGUUGCCGUGGUUGCUGUCCACGUGGUGCUGGCCCUCUUUGUCUAUGUGGCCUGGAAUGAAGGUUCACGACAGUGGCGUGAAGGCAAACAGGAUUAAAGUGAACAUCACCUUUUGAUAGUGUUAAAUUGUUUAAAAAAUGGCAAAUGCAUCCAGGAUACUAAUUAUUUCAAUAAUGGUGAAAGAACAUGUUAAAAUCCAUCUUAAGGAGUCACAUUUGACUAGUGUAAAUUUUGAUCUUUCUGAUACAGUGGUUUGCAUCAUCUAUUUUAACUAUAAGCCUCUCAUUUGCAAAUGAAAAUUUGGAAAAAUUAAAUUGGUGGCAAAUAAUUAUGUUUAAUUACACAUUAUUCUGGGAAGAAUUUGAUUAUUUUACAACAAAAAUGUUUUAUAGCAUUUUUUCUUGUAGUUGGUUUUGAAUGUUACUUUUCUGGAUAUAUUAAUAAGGUACACAGUGAAGCAAAUCUAAACUUUAUAUUUUGUUGAAGUACUUCCCCUAACUAUCAUGAAAGUACCAGGUCAUUGGAUUUUGCGUUGUAAAUUCCUAUGGAAAAUUGCUUAAAUUGUUAAUGCUGGAAUUACUCUGAAUGUCACUGAGAAAUUUCAAAGAAAGUGUAAUCCCUAGUCAAUAGGAACCUUUGGUUACAUUAUUUCAUGGGGAAACUAGGCUGAAUUCCACCCAUUUUACACGAACUGGUUUAUUGAAGGAUCUUGAGAGCAAAGCAGAGCUAGCUGCCUCCUUGCAGGCCUGCCUGUGCUUUCAGACCAACUCUUUAAUAAGCUUUUUUGCUCUUGUUCAACAAUGAAGUUUUACUUUAAUUACCAGGUUUGUGUAAAUUGCCUUUAAAUUUGUUUUUCCUACUGUUUUUUAAUACUGUAUAUGAUAGGAAUUUACAUUUAAAUGUUUAUUUUUGCAUACUUAGGGAAUGUGAACAAUUCUGAAAAUAGAUUGUUUUUAUCACCCAGGAGGUAUUCUUGGGAUUUCUAGUCUAGUCUUUUCAAUCAGAGUC